AUGGACAAUGAAUUUGCAGCUCUGGCCAAGUGUAGGACAUGGUCCCUGGUUGAUCCUCCACCCAAUGCAACCAUUGUUGGGUGCAAGUGGGUAUAUACCAUCAAAAAGAAUGCAGAUGGCCUUGAGGCACAUUAUUUGCCUGAGCAGAAAUUGUUACUUACUCAAACAAAGUAUGCAAAGGAUCUGCUACAUCGUGCAGGAAUGAGUAAUUCCAAUCGUCCUAUGCCUACACCUAUGAUGACAUCUUCGAAGCUUAGUAAAAGUGACUCAGACCCUUAUGAAGAUCCUAAGGGUUACAGGUCCAUAGUAGGAGCUCUGCAGUACCUCACAAUUACAAGACCAGAUCUAGCCUUUGCCAUGAAUAAAGUCUCGCAGUUUAUGCACUCACCAACCAUUCAACAUUGGAAAGCAGUCAAGAGGAUCCUUCGAUACCUUCAAGAUUCGGACUGGGCUUCAGACUUGGAUGAUCGGAGGUCAACUUCUGGCUACUGUAUCUAUCUUGGCACCAACUUAAUAGCUUGGAAGAGUAGCAAGCAAUCAAAGAUUAGUAGAUCUACCACAGAAACAGAAUAUAGGGCGAUAGCCUCUGCUCAAAUGGAGAUCAUGAGCAUCCAACAACUUUUGGUAGAAUUGGGAGUCUAA